ACAAGUGGGAGUGGAUGGAUGGAUGUCGGCGACGGUUGUGGUUUUCGCAAAUUCCCUUCGGUGGUAUCUGCUGCUGCUGCUGUUGCUACUGCUGCAGACGACCUAACCGUUUAAACGCGACAAUGAUACGUGUGUUCAUACUUCAAAAUGUAUAAUAGUUUAAAAAACGCGACGAGACACUGUGAGUUUAUUUGAAUUUUUAUUUGUGAAAGUGCGCGGGUUUAUAUUUUAAAAGAGUAUUAGAUUUAUCAUAGAUAUAUAGAUAUAUAUAUAAUCACACGUGCUGUGGAUCCGUCCACUCUUGCUGCAAUAUUAUAUUAUACUUACAUCUAUUUACACACUCAUAUAUACAUAAAUACAUACAUAUAUAUGUAGAAAUACAUACUACACAUAUAUACAAAUUUGUGGAUAUAUAUGCACAGUAUAUAUACAUAUAUACACAGUAGUGUGUCUCGCGCGCGGUGUGGUAGAUGGAAAAACACCGAAAUGCGUCUGCGCAUGCCCGCGCCCGCAUGACGUCACGAAAAUUGUGGUUUUGAUCAAAACUCGGGGACUUGACACUCUCAUGUUGUACAUGUGUAAUUAUUAUUAUUAUCCACUAUUAUUAUUAAAUAUUUCAAAGUCUUAUUAAUUAAUAAUAUAUAAAUAUAUAUUUAUAUAUAUAUGUUUGAUUGUUUUGUUGUUUAUAAUUUUAUAACAAUUGUUGGUUAUUACAAUAGAUGUGUUGACAUCAGUGCAAUGUACAACGUUGGUGUAGUGAGUAAAAAAUAAAAAAUAUAUAUGUAUGUAUAUAUAUAUGUAUAUUUAUAAUUUAAACUCAAGUGGUGCUCAUGGGAAGGAGAGACGCUCUCGGGAAUUUGUUAAAGUUUUAAAGAAGAUAGUGUGAUAUGAAGAAAGAGAUGAUAAUAUUGUGGUGAGAGAGUGUUGAAAGUAAAAGAGAGAUAGUUGUUGAGAGUAAAGAGAAGAACAAGUAGUAGAGUAGUAAAAGAAUAAUAAGAAGAGUAAGGAGUAAAAGAGGCACAAGAAUAAGAAGAAGAAGAAGAAGAAGACGAGUGGAGAAGAGACGCCGCGGGAACGGAGUCAAGCCGGUGCAGAUGAGAAGGUCGGAGGGAGAAGAGGCCGAAGAACGACGAAAAAGAAAAAAAAAACUGUUUUCAACAUUCCAGCCAGAGAAUUGAGCGAAACACAGAGUUGCGAAAAAUUAAAACAAUGGGUCGGAAGAAGAUACAAAUUUCUCGUAUCACCGACGAACGGAAUCGUCAGGUGACGUUUAACAAACGUAAAUUCGGAGUAAUGAAAAAAGCUUACGAACUAUCGGUGCUGUGUGACUGUGAAAUAGCUCUGAUAAUAUUCAGUUCAAGUAAUAAACUUUACCAAUAUGCAAGCACGGAUAUGGACAAGGUACUCCUCAAGUACACAGAGUACAACGAACCCCACGAAUCACUCACCAACAAAAAUAUCAUCGAGGCCCUCAACAAGAAGGAGCAUAAAGGCGCAAUGUCACCCGAGAGUCCCGAGCCAGAUGCUAGUGAGUACAAUCUCACUCCACGUACCGAGGCCAAGUACACUAAGAUUGACGAGGAGUUCCAGAUGAUGAUGCAGAGGAAUCAGCACAAUGGUACGAGGACAAUUGGACAGUCAAAUUAUACAUUGCCCGUUACUGUACCAGUUAAUUCGUAUGGAGAAUCUCUCCUAGGGUCUAGUCCUCAAAUGGCGCACACCAGCAUCUCUCCACGACCUUCGUCGUCUGAAACUGAUUCAGUUUAUCCACCAGGUGGAAUGCUGGAAAUGAGUAAUGGAUAUCCACCAUCGGCAUCACCACUUGGCGGUUCGCCGAGUCCAGGCCCGUCGCCAGCGUUAGGCGUCGGCGGCGCGAAUAAGGGUGCAAAUCCGUCCCGACACUCGCCACAGCCACCACCGCCUCCUCAUCCUCACAGGGCUAAUUUACGAGUUGUCAUACCUACGCCACUCACACAGUCACUGUCUGAGGACACCAAUUACGAUGGAGGCCACACACAGAAUGCACUCAACACACCGGUCGUAGCGCUACAAACCCCGUCUGUCGCUGCUGGAUACUCGAGUUUUGGAUCAACAGAUUAUUCAUCAGAUCUCGGCAGUCUCACGUGGUCUCACCAGAGGUACGUUGAUGACUUAUCAAUGUAUUCGGCAGCCACCAUGUCCAACAUCAGCAGCCUUCCUCAUUUAGCCGUAUCCAGUAGCACGCCGCCGCCGUCGACGUCACCGCUGCCAGUUAAAAUAAAAAGCGAACCAAUAAGUCCACCGCGAGAUCCUCACGGCAACAGCAGUGCCGGGCCAGGUAUUGCCAGUAAUUUACAUCACACAAAUCUCAGUAUCGGGCCACCAUCAAAUAGCGGGGGUCCUUCGCAUCAUGUAUCUCACGGUGGACAGCAGACACUGAAUCUCGUAUCAAACCGACCGACAAGUAAUCCACCGCCAUCACACUCUGGUAGUAUAACGCCCACGAAUUUACCAUCACCAGGUGGAAAUGUCGGCGACAUGAGGACAAGUCACACGGCGACUGGUGCCGGUGGUAAUCCAGACUACGAAAACGGGCCAUUGAUGAAACGCGCAAGGAUUACGGAAGGAUGGGCCACCUAAUGUCGGGCCAAUUUGCGACCCUGCUGGUCUUAUCCCGCUUCGUCGUAUAACGGCCAAUAAAAAAAAUGAUCAUUAAUUUUAAAUUCACUACAGUAAAAAUGAAUAAUAAUAAUAAAAUAUUUAAACAAACAAUAACAUAAACAUACACAAGUAUGUGAGCUGGUGCCAGAAUUGCGUUUGCUUGCAAACAUUAUUAUUUUUUUUAGCCUCUAAGUUGACAACUUUAUCAUCCGUUGUCUCGACAAUUGACGUCGUCGUCAACUAUUUAAUGCUCGUAAAUAAACACGACAGUGACAUGUACUUUAUACGGGCUUAAAUUUUAUUUUUUUUCUUGGGGUCAACUGCAAUAUCCCAAUGCGUCGAUUAAUUAAUUAAUAAAUCUGUUAAUUAAAUUACAUUGAUAAAGUAAUUAAAUAUAAAGUUUAUAUUACGAAAAUUGUAAACGCGGAGACAGGGAAAGUUAUGAAAUUUUUAUUUCAUCAAAGAUUAUGAUUGAUCAGUUAUUGAUAAAUGCGGUGCCAUAAUAAUGUUGAAACUUUACAUAUAUAAUAUAUAUAUGCAUAUAUAUGAAUACAUAUAUAUGAUAUAUAUUUUCAUGUGUAUAAUAAGAAGUGUUGUUUGUAUAUAUGUUGAGAAAGGUCGUAAUGGUUUGUUGGAAUGGCACACUCACGUUAAAAACACAUAUGUAUCUCGAUUUUAAAAACAAAUUAUUAUAAUUACAAUAAUAAUAAUAAUAAUGAUAAUAAUAAUAAUGUUUAAUAUUAAUUAAUUAUUAAUUGACGCUCGAUACAUCUCACUCACGCGACUAAAAAUAUUAUUAAGUAUAUUAUAAUUACAAUUAAUAAUAAUUAUUAUUAUUAUUAUAUUUAGAUACUUUUAUUGAACAUGUGCAUUGGAGAUGUGUGUUACUUUUUUUUUAAAUAAUGUCAUACGAUGAACCAUUUGAGUCAAAAAAAUUUAUAUCAAUUAAUUAUUACAGGAAAAAUGACGCAAGAAAAAUUUUUUAUUGUGAAAUGGAAAAAAAAAUUUCUUGAGGAGUGACCGAUUUUUAGUUCAAUUGAAUUCACGGUCAAACACUGGAAACCUAAAAUCGAGUCUUUAGCGUUUUUUAAAAAUCGUAUUUUCAAAAAUUCUAAUUCGUCUCAGAAAAAUUUUUUUUCCGGAUACUAGCAUCGAAACUUAAAGUUUCAGUGUCUUUACAGCCAGUGGAAACAAGAUAAUUUCAAACUGAUGUUGCAAACUACUGCUAGCGAAUUUGUAAUUCAUACAGUGGGUAGAAAGGUGCGCGUUUUUUCCCAUGGGAAGAAAUACGCAUGUUUCUGCCCGGUAGUUACAUUUAAUGUUCAUUUGCAGCCUUUCUCAUUUGUUUACUUGUCACUGGUUUACUCAUUUAAUUUUUUAAGUGACAGUUUUAAUUAACCAAAUAAAAUUUUUAAAAAAUGAGUGAAAAUCUCUAACAAUUCUCCGCAUCAUCAGCUUGAAAUUAACUUGUUUCUUACUGGCUGCUGACUGAAUCUUUAAGUUCCAAUCCAGAUAAUCAUGGAAAAUAUGGUGUGUGACUCAGAAUAAAACAUGAUUUCCGACUGCGGGUGAUGUCAGCCUCGUCUGAAAUCGUCUUGUUUCAUCCCUUGUCACACAAUAUACUAUUAAAAUUAUCAUUCACUCUACGAGUGGAUCAAAAAUAGUCCCGUUUUUUUUUCUGAGUGUAAGAAAGAGCUCCAGUAGCGUCCCCUUAAGUCUAGAAAAAAUUUCUUAGCUCAAGAAAAUUUUCAUUUUCAAUUCACAAUAAAAAAAAUUAAUUUGGAAAAGUAAAAGUUUUUUUAGGGAGAGUAAAAAUUUUUUUUUUCUGUGUAGGAGUUAAAAAAAUGGUCUUGAAGGAUAAAGUAAAAUAUAAUUGAUAUAAAUAUUUUGAAAAUGUUAAUUGUUAGAUUUUUAUUAGUAUAGUAGUCAGCAGCAUAAUCCGUUAAUAAGAACCCAUGUCGAUUGUGUGACAUAAAAUAAUUAUUAAUUUUUAACGUACUUUAAUUACUAUUAUUUUUAUUAUUAUUAUUAUAAUUAGACUAUUAUUGAUUAAUUAAUUAAUUAAUAACAUUUUGCCAAAUUAUAUAAAUAUUGAUUAAUAAAUUAAUAAAACUUUUUUUUAUAUAGUUUCGAUUAUUCGUAAAUUAUUCGGGUCAACUUCCACGAGUUAUUGAUCUAGUCAAUUAUAAAGGAUUUAAAUUAAGAGUCAAAUUAAUUAUAUCGGAUGCACCUAGAUCGUUAAAAAAAAAUUUUUAUUUUAUCGUACUAAAAUUAAAUUUUUUUUACAAACUAAACUUUCUCUUUGUGACUAUUGGCUACGCAAUAAAUUAUUUUAUAAAGGAUAUUUAUUUUAAAAUCAAUUAUUAUUUAGUUUUUAUAUUGAGCGUUUUAUUGACGGUCUAUGUCUGCUGUCAGGUUUUUUAAAUAAAAUCGGCUGCUGUACGAAAUUAAACUUAAAAAUUUUACCUGAUACGUAAAGUUUCGAAAUUAAUAUUUAUAUAUAUACAAAAAUAUUAAACUAUUAAAAAAAAUAAUUUUUAACUAUAGUUAAGUAGUUUAACACAUUUAUUAAAUGUUAAUUAAUAAACAUCGGUAACAAUUUAAAUAAAUUUAGAUGAAAAUUGUAAGUCUGUACAAAAUAUAUUCAUUUUUCCACGAGUAUUUUGCACAUUUGAUAUAAAAAAAAAAAUAAUAAAUAAUAAAAUAUAAAUUUAAAGAUAAUGAUCCUUUAGCCUAAAGUAAUUAUUUAUAAUUUUAAAAACUUAAAUCAGAGCUUGAAAUUUUAAAAUAAAACCCGUGAUAAAACUGCCGUUUUUUUAUGAUCCUAAAGUUAGCAGACAAUUUAAAAUUUUUGGAUUUUUUUUUCAACAAAUAAAAUCCAAAGAAAAAAAAAAAAAAAUGCACAUGUAGAAAAUUUAAAAAACUACAAGUGUAAUUUUUCAAAAUAUUUUUUUUUUAUACUUAAUCGUUUUGAACAAAUUUCAAAAAUUAUUAAACGUCAGCUAACUUUAGUAUCAUGUUUUUUUCCGAUACUGAAGUUACCCGACUUUUAAUUUUUAGAUUUUUUUUUC